AUGUCCCCGGUGUAUGCCACCAACACGAUUGGGCCCCUGCUGGUGAGCCAGGCAUUCCUGCCCUUGCUGAAGAAGGCUGCCCAGGGAAGCUCGAGCUCUGAGCUGAGCUGCAGCAAGGCAGCCAUCAUCAACAUGUCCAGUAUUGCUGGCUCCAUAGAGGAAAUACGUUUAUCGGAAAAUGUGCAAUAUAUCUCAUACCGCUGCAGCAAGGCUGCUCUGAACAUGCUCACCAAGUGCCAGUCCUUGGGGUACCGGCAACACGGCAUCCUCUGUGCUGCUCUCCACCCUGGCUGGGUGCAAACGGACAUGGGGAGCUCAGCAGGACACAAGCCCCCACUGACGGUGGACGUGAGCGUACAAGGAAUGCUGAAUGUGCUCUGCUCCCUCUCCGAGAAGGACACAGGGACUUUCCUGGACUGGGAAGGGAAAGUAGUGCACUGGUGA